AGGAUUUUUUACUUAACUACACCGCGGUGCUAUUUUUACUUACAAAUAGAGAAUACAGAGAUCACCCAUCUUUGGCUAUAAACUGUUAUAUUUGACCUUUAUGCUGUACACCUCUGAAAGAUACCAGCAUUACACAUUCAAAAUAGUCAUCUUUUUUCAGUGCUUCACAGUUACAGAUCACAAGUAAUUAACAAUGAAUGUAUCACAAUACAAGACCUCUGAUGCUAGUAACACUGUUCUUAAAACAACACACUUAGGGCGAAAGCUUCAGGAUACACACACAUACACACACUGUCCAGUGCUCGUGGACAGUGUUGCCUCUUCAUAUAUAUUUAAGUGUUACCCCAAGUUACACCAAUCAGCCUAUUAGCCUCGUAUGAACGUGUAAUAACUUAAAGCCGAACUGAGAAACAAAAGUCACUUACAGUACAUCAAAGAAAAAGGCAAACAUAUAUAUUUUGUGAGCCCUUAUCCUUCUGAUAUUCUUCAGUCUUGUGGAGCUGGUCCAAGUUAUAAUUAGCUCUGUGAGGAUUCACAUAGGAGAGAGGAGAGUAAGUCUUGGACAUUUAAUUUGCCUCUUGUUAUAAUGACAAGCCUAUUAGCUCUCAUAAUGAAAGCACUUACACCUGCACUGUCGCUAACCAGGCUUCCCCUCCACUCUGGUCAACGUUGUUGCUGUUCAAAUGAGAUGUCUUAAUUUAGCUGUGUCUCAACUUCGUUUCUAAUGCAGUUUGCAUGUUUAUUUAAAUUCAUUUUAAGAGUUUUGUUUCCUUUACAACAACUCUUUAACUUUACAGUGUACACAGAUAAUGAUGGUUUCUGUUUAACACAUUGUUGUACAUGUUAGUGCAUCUAGUGGAGUGGGUCUGCUGUGAACAGGAGAUUGUUUGAGGACAUGUCUGUGGGAGUAGAAGAGACUCUUCUUCUUACCACCUGUCAGCCUGAAUAAAGAUAGUGGCAGUGAUAAAGACAGACGUGGAAGAUAUGUGUUUUGGAUUUAUUCCAGCAAUGCUGCACAGUGACAAAGAGGGCUGAGCUAAGGACAAGACACCUACUGUCAGUCAGAAGAUUACUGGUUGACACUUCAAGCAGCAGCAGAAGCAGCAGCAGCAGCACCAGCAGUUGUCUUUGCAUGCAACAUGAGACAUACACCUGCUGAUAGUGUUGUAUGUUUGAGCACACACUGAGACGGACUGUGGAUCUUGUCUUCGACUUUGUCUGAGCCGUCUCUUUGUCAGUCAUGGCUACAGUCAGCAGGGAUGCUACCUUGGAUGUCGCAGUGGGAAACUCUCGACUGUCCACUAUCUGACAAAGGCACAGCAGUCGGAAAGAGAGUUUAAUUCAAAGCUGUUGAAGUCUAGAAACAUCAUUUGGAGCUGCAGGACACCAGUCUGAGAAAUGGCUAAUAGUCAUGAAACCCAAUUCAAUGCUCUAUUGGUGACAAAGACACACUGGAAAAAACCCGGAAAUACCCCAGAUUUAUUUGAAAUGAUUGAAAAGAUGCAGGGCAACAGGAUGGAUGAGCAGAGAUGCACCUUUCCUCCCCCGCUCAAGACUGAGGAGGACUACAUUCCAUACCCCAGUGUCCAUGAGGUGUUAGGCAGAAAAAGCCCCUUUCCUCUCAUCCUGCUGCCUCAGUUUGGGGGUUACUGGAUUGAAGGGACUAACCAUGAGAUGAGCGACCCAGAGACAGAACCGCCGCCGCCUCUGUCCCCGAACACCCGCACCAAGCUGGAGUGUAACACAACAGCUAUGAUCUACCGGAAACACUUCCUUGGCAAGGAGCACUUUAAUUACUAUUCAGUGGACAGUGCCCUCGGACAUCUGGUGUUCUCUGUAAAGUACGAUGUGAUUGGUGACCAGGAACAUCUCCGUCUAAUGCUCAGGAGCAAGUUGAAAACCUACCAUGAUGUGAUUCCCAUUUCCUGUCUCACAGAGUUUCCCAAUGUGGUGCAAAUGGCCAAGCUUGUCUGUGAAGACGUCAAUGUGGACCGCUUUUUCCCUGUCCUUUAUCCAAAAGCUUCAAGACUUAUUGUCACCUUUGACGAACAUGUGAUAAGCAACAAUUUCAAAUUUGGGGUCAUUUAUCAAAAGUUUGGACAGACGACAGAGGAAGAUGUGUUUAGCAACAGUGAAGAGAGUCCUGCCUUUGUAGAAUUCCUGGAGUUUCUAGGAGAGAAAAUUGAGCUGCACAACUUUAAAGGUUUCCGUGGGGGGUUAGACGUGACUCACGGGCAGACAGGCACCGAAUCCAUCUACUGCAACUACCGCAACAAAGAGGUCAUGUUCCAUGUGUCCACAAAGCUGCCCUACACAGAUGGGGACACCCAGCAGUUGCAGAGAAAGCGGCACAUAGGGAACGACAUUGUGGCCAUAUUAUUCCAAGACGAAAACACUCCGUUUGUUCCUGAUAUGAUAGCCUCCAACUUUCUGCACGGCUACAUUGUGGUCCAAGUGGUCAACCCCUGCUCCAACAAUGUUCUCUACAAGGUGUCAGUGACAGCGCGGGAUGAUGUGCCUUUCUUCGGCCCGGCUCUACCGAACCCUGCUGUUUUUAAGAAAGGCCCUGAAUUCCAUGAAUUCCUUUUUACUAAACUCAUCAACGCAGAGUAUGCCUGUUACAAAGCUGAGAAAUUUGCCAAAUUAGAGGAGCGAACGAGGUCGGCCUUGUUAGAGACUCUUUACGAGGAGAUCCAUGUGAACAGCCAGGCCAUGAUGGGUGUCGGAGGAGACGACGACAAACUGGAAAACGGGAGUGCAGGAGGAGGGGGCUUCUUUGAGUCCUUUAAGCGGGUGAUCCGCAGCAGAAGCCAGUCUAUGGAUGCCAUGGGUCUUACUUUCAAGAAGCCGCACACAUUCUCCACUAGCUUCAGCAGCAGCUUUAACCACGAGCCCGCAGAGAGCCCCAAAUUCCCAGGGAUAUCAUUGCUUGUCCCAGGUAAAAGUCCCAGUAAAUAUGGACGUCGAGGCAGUGCCAUAGGGAUAGGAACAGUAGAAGAGUCUUUGAUAAUACCGGGGAAAAGCCCGACCAGGAAAAAGUCCGGCCCCUUCAGCUCCAGGCGAAGUAGUGCCAUCGGUAUUGAAAACAUUCAAGAGGCCCAUGAGAAGAAAGAGAUCUCCCUCAAUACCCAGAAGACCCCUGAUAGCGGUCACGUCUCUCAAGAUCCCAAAUCUGACAACUCGUCCAAUCAGAGCUCCCCUGAGGCGCUCACAAACCCAAAGAACAGUUCUCUUCUCGGUGGCAGGGCCCCGUCCAUCCCUGAGGGUCAUGACCUCUCCCGCUCCUCCAGCAAUGCUAGCAGCUUCGCCAGUGUGGUGGAGGAGAACGAGACAGAGGCCACAGAGGACUAUGACACGGGCAUGGAGAGUCUGUCGUCUGCCGGGACGCCACACAAGCGAGACUCCUUGAACUACAGCACCUGGCUGGAGGACAGCGCCAGCAGCACCAGCACCACCAGCCGAGGCAACUCCCCAGGUGAGACAGGUCCUAGUAAACCUGAUCGAGGGAAGGGGACAGACGUCCGCAUCAAACUGGAAAGACCACACGAUCAUCAAUCCUCAUCAAACUGUUAGCUCCAUGCAUUGGUUGUAUCCUGGAUCUCCAUCUUCAGCAUUCCCAUAUGUCGCAAUCCCUCUGGGAGGUUAGACAAAUGCAGGCGUUCGCCAUGUCUAAUGAUGAGAAGGAUGAGGAAGAUGAGAAGGAAGAGAGAAAGCAGGUGGAGCGUGGCCAGUCUGCUGCUCAGUGAGAGCCGGCAUGAGGAAUAUCCAGAAACCUGGAGAACACUGGGAAGCAUGCGUUUCGUUCCACUCUUUUCUUUGCCUGUUCACACAUCUGUUGCCUAGGUAUUUUUACCUUUUGUUUCAAAAGCGCACAUUUAUCUACAAAUGUAAUGGUCAAAUUUGUAAAAAAUGUCACUUUGGUUUAGUUGUUCUUGUUGAAGCCAAGGUGUGCUGGCUAUACAGGGUAAAUACGGUGCCAUUGAGCUCUUUGUAGAAGCUGGAAGGACUUUUGCUGCAAUACAGGGAAGAUAAUUGCCUGGAUGGUUUUACCAAAUCAACAAAGGUUUUAAAUCAAUAAAUAUCUCUACCAAAUAUUCAGCAUCAAAGGUGGGUAUUUUCUAACAAAACAUCUAAUGUGAUAUAUUAUGUUCUGUUGAUGCUGUUAAAUGUGAUUAUUUUCUGGGUAAAAUCCAAAUUGAAGGAUUAUGUAGCUGCUAAACUAUUACCUUUACAUGCCAGAUUUCCAAAAGAUUAGAUAUCAAACCUAAGAGUGAAGAGAGCAAUGUAUCAUAGGUAACAGGAAAUGGCCUUAAAGGGACAGUACAGCCCAAAAUCAAAACAAUCUCGAUGGUUAUGGUGUGAGUUGCCCAGUGUGGGAGAUAUUGGUCCUAGAGAAACUGCAUAUUGAAUAUACUGGAACAAGAUUGCAUUUGGCUUCUGUUGCUCAAGGCUUGAAAAAACCUAAUGUCUCUUUGCAGAAAUGUAAUGUAACUAGCUCAGGAGGGCCUCUCGUCCACGAGGUGUUGCACGCUUGCUUCUGCGCUGUGAUUAGAUAGAAAAAUAGUAGUUCUUACAUGAAACAUUGCACAAUGUCUGUGGAUAAUCUUGAGAAACCAGGUAAUAAUUUCAGAAAAGAGGCAUUACUGUUGUUUUUUUAAUGUAUUUUUGCCACUUAAAGCAAUGUUUAAAUAAGUUCCAUUAUAUUGGAGAGAAGCCAGUCAUACCGACAAUAAAUAUCCCCAACAAUGAAGGAUGGCUCUGUGUGUUAUAACAAAAACAUGUUUUUAAUUUUGGAAAUGAGUUGUCUCUUUAAGAAGACAAUUUCUUCAUCACUCACAUGCAUUUUACCUCACUUCUUUGACUCAUGUGUCCUGCGACGAAAAUGGGAUUGCAGGAUUAGUUUAGAAAUUGUGUCGCAAUGCAGAUAUACUUCAGCGCUGUCCGUAUUGUCUUUAGAUAUAUGGAUACUGCCAUCAAUCACCGAUCUAACUGCUUUGUCUCUCUUGUUUGUUGGAGAGAAGCCCAAUCUCUACAUUUAUGUUCUGUUUUUCUCUCUAAUGUCUGUCCUUAUGUAUCAAUUAGGUUCCUGUUGAAGUGGCAUUUAUAGCAUACAUCUGUCACACUGUACCUCUAUGGUGAAUAUGUCUAGCAUUCUGCCAUAUGCUUGUACUGUGUGUGUGUGUGUGUGUGUGUGUGUGUUGCCUUGUAGUGAAUUAUAAUGUUGUCAUCUGUAAAGUCUAUUCCAAGAGUCAGAUCUCGUUCACUGCAGUAACCUUUCAAUGCAAUUAUAAAAAGAUAGUGAAUAUUUAUUUGCUUAAAGUGAGAAAAUAACUCUAAAUACAACUACUGAUUUUGUAAAUAGAUAAUUGGUUGGAGUGUAUAGUAUAAAAUGUAAAGGCCAUCGAUUAAAAUAGGAUUGACCAACAUCCUUGAAAUCACUGCCAAGUUAAAAAUUGCUGUUUUAUUUCAUGUACAUUUACUUUUAAAUAUUAUUUUGCAAAGAGUUUUAUAGAAGAGAAAUAUUUAAGAAAAUAUUCAGACUGUUGUGUAAAAGGGAAAUCUCACAGCACAUUCUGCUGAUCAUUUCAGUUGCCUUAUCAUCACAAACUGAUGGUGUAAUUAUAAUGAACGAAAUAGUUAAUAGCCAGCAGGAUUUACAAUGAAAUGAAUGUGUUGUUGUUGUUGUUGCUAUUUUUGUUGUUGUUGUUUUUAUUGUAAAUAAAUGCCCUGAGAAUUUUAAA